AUGAGUGAAUUGUCAAACAGCAGUGACAUUCGUGAUUGCUUAUUUGAUAUUGACAAUGAUGAUGAGGAUAGUGACUUUAUAUUGGAUGAUGAUGAUGAUGGAUUUUCUAGUGACAGUGAGAUUAACAUUGACAAACCAGAACCAGUGAAUGAACCAGAACCAACGAAUGAAAACAUUGACAUUGACAAACCGGAACCAAUGAACGAAAACAUUGACAUUGACGAACCAGAACCAAUGUAUGAACCAGAACCAGUGAACAAACAAGAACCAGUGAACGAACCAGAACCAACAAAAGAAAACAUUGACAUUGACGAACCAGAGCAAGAACAAGAACCAGAGGAUUCACAGAAUGAACAACAACUACCACCACCACCACCCAUGCCAGAUGCUGAGAUCAGACAUGAACUUGAACGUCUUCCAGCUAAAAAACAGGGAGUGUGUACGGUUUGUUCUACUUCAACAAAAAGAUCACGGAGUGUUUAUUGGUGCCCUGGAUGCGACUGUGGUAUCCAUCCCACUUGCUUCAAGGAUUUAAAACACAAAGAAUAA